AUGCCUUCGGAAGCCACAUACAGAUUUGAGCAGGCCAAGACUGCCCGUGCAGUAUGCCGCAACACAGCUUGCAAGAAAGCUGAAAUCAAGAUUCAGAAAGGCGAAUUGCGCAUGGGAACACUUGUCACCAUCAAGGACCACACGUCCUGGCACUGGAAGCACUGGGGCUGUGUCACGCCACUUCAGAUUGAAAAUCUGCAGUACAUGCUUGAGGGCUUAGAUCUCGAGAAAGACGAUGAGAUGGAAGUCAUCGACGGUUGGGAGGACCUGACUCCUGAGAACCAAGAGAAGCUCCGUCAGGCUAUCAGAGUUGGACACAUUGAUGAUUCGGAAUGGAGGGGUGACCCCGAAUUCAACCGACCGGGUAUGAAGGGCAUCAACCGUCGUACUCCCAAGAAGUCGCCCACCAAAGAAGACGCGACAGAGGAAGCCGUCGGUCCCACGUCACCCACCAAGACCAAGUCGCGGAAGCGCAAGGCUGGCGAUAACGGCGACAAUGCAGAGCUCGCCCCGAAGUCGGGCAAGAGCAAGAAGCUCAAGGUCGAAGAUGAAGAUGAGUUGAACGACAACGAGCCCGUCCCAGUAAGAAAGUCCAGAGGCAAGAAGGCCAAAGCCGAGGGAGACGAUUCCGCUCCAGCCGCGAUCAGACCUGCUCCGGCGAAGAAGGGAAGGUCGAAGAAGGUCAAAGCCGAAGAAGACUCAGGCGACGACGAGCCUCUUGCUCCGGCCAAGAAGACGCAAGCAAGGGGCAAGAAGGUCAAGCCCGCCGAUGAUUCCGAUGAUGUCGAACCCGUUCCGGUGAAGAAGCCCAGAGGCAAGAAGGCUAAGGUCAAGGCCGAGUCUGACUCCGAGGAGGAUGCCGAGAUGGAAGAUGAGGCGCCAGCCCCUGCCAAGAAGAGUAAGAAGGUCAAGGACCAGAAGUCUGAGGCUGUCGUCAAGAAGGGACGUGCUCGGAAGGUCAAAGAGUAG